CUAUACGUGCUUCAAAAUAUUGCAUUUUUUAAACUUUAUGCUAAGUGUAUUUGAGGCGAAAGUUUGCAAUGUUGUGGAUUGUAAAUGCUAAAAAGAAAAAAAAAGAAAAAAAAAAAAAGAACCAACAAACUGUUGGUGUGAUGCAGACAAGAUUUCUUUAACAGAGUAGAGACUGGUACCUUUUGUUGCUCCAUAGAGGGAACAUAACUACAGGUCACUCACUCGCUCUUGUUUGUUCUUUUCUUUUUUAAGUGUAGACAGCAGAACAAGAGAAGCAGCAAGAACUAACAUGCUGAAAAACUAGCCUUGCUAUCCUGGUAUUUGUGCAAAAGUGACCUUUGAUUUAAAUUGAAGUCCUGCACCUGCAAAGAAAAGCUUGUAAACCUUCCACUUAUGAAGCACGACUGGAGCAGCAGUGCAUGACAGCUUGCACGGACAGGGCAGCUAUGUUAAUUUUGUUUCCCUACAGUUAAUAAACUUUAUAUACCUUGCACGUCUUCGAAAGCACAUAACAACCAGGCUUGUGGAAGAAACAACACACUGCCAAGGCAGUGAAGGCCUAUUUGCACACCUGUGCUUGGGAAGGCACACAUGAACCUGUCAACCAGUGUUGAUAUCAUUAUAUUUUGAGUGGUCAGAUACAGCUGUUAUCACAAAUUGACAUAACUUUUAUUGCAACAUACUGUUUAAUUAAACUGCUAAAUAGAUAGAUCUCAUUUAGUUAUAACUUCACUAGUUUCAGGAAACAGUCUUGAAAGCUGUUACAAACAGAGAAAUGAGGGAUUUUCCUCUUUAGCAAAAACUUGACUAAGAACCAGCUGUUGAGGGGCACGUUUUGCACUGAAUGAGGUUGCUGUAAAGUCCCCUCGUAGGUGAAAAUAAAAUUGCUGUCUUAAUGUGGGCAAUGAAGCAUCAGCAGCAGAGAGCUUUUCCUGUUAACAAUUGCACUGCCGUGCUCUGUCAGAGUAGGCCUGUAGAAGUAUUGAGUCAGUUUGUGACUUCUUGGGGAAGAAAUAAAGGAAGAGGCUCAUUAAUAUAAUUAUAAAACCUUUUUAUCAACUAACGGAGUACUCUAUUUCGACAAGUCCAGUCUUUUACCUGUAUGGCAUUUGAAGAUGAUGCGAUUGCUGUUUCUGUGUCUGCUGCUACUGCCAGCUGCAGCCGCACUUUCAGAAGAAAUUGAAGAGUCAUCUGGUGGCGAGCCGGAUGAUGAGGAUUACUUAAGAAAAACGUUUGUUCCAGAUGUUUCUGGCUCAAUCCAGGAUAAAACUACAGGUGCGGAUGAAGCCUCAGAUCAGGUCACUCUGAUUGUUAUUGUUGUGGCUGCUACAGUGUUGGUUCUUUCAGUCGCCGCAAUAGUUGUCAUAAUGUUAGUAAGACGGCACAUGCAGAAUCGGCAGCAAGGGAUUUACUCAGUGCCUAUGGAGCAGGACCAGAAAGGGGCCAUCUAGUUCCCGACAGAGCAUCAUCCAUAUAACACAAAGCCGAGAGAGGAGUGAUUAUCAGGAGUGAUGCAUGAAACUAUGUUAUCUCCUACGCUGACUCAGGACAGUUAAACUUCUUUGCACAGCAACAAACCUCUUUUGCUUCUCACCACUCAGUUCAUUGCUCAUUCCCACACAAUCUCAUACAGACAUGAAAUGCAGUAUGUUUUUCUUUUUGCCUUUGUACACUUUUGUCUUUGUCCCAGCCAUUUGUACUUUAUAUACACACAAUUUAGCCUGGGACAUUUGGAGCACAUUCAAACCUUCUAAUUGGAUUCUAUUUGAGGAAUCCAAAUCAAAGACGGUGAAUAUGGCUUGAAGCUGCUUUUGUUAAAAUGGAUAAUUUAGCACAGCCAGAGCUCAUUCCCCCCACUCCCUCUUUUUAACACCCUCAAAAAGAAAAUUAUUCCCACCAGCUAUGCAGCGAAACUGUAUUUGUGUUUGAUUUGGUGCAUGUGGAACAGACCUGUCUGUGAAAUGGUCGUUGAGUGAGACAAACCAUGCUAAUCCACACUAAGCCAGCUCAGCACUCACUUUAUUCUACUAUUCACUUGUCUGACAUCCUCUGUUCCUGGCCCAUUAGGAAUGAUGGGAAGAAGCACAGUAAGAAAAAAAAAGUUCCCCAUUGUUCUAACCAAUGUAAAAUGGAAACAAGUGGAAAUGGCCACUGAGCACACCCUCAUGCACAUUUAGUGCUGCAUAUUAAUCGACCACCAUGAGUGAUGAUGUUUUCAUUUCCCCCUCUUUUUCAUUUUGAAAGGCUCUCGUUUUAGUUUAGCGUGUUGUAAAUGGCUCUACGAAUGCUGUUGAGAGUUAGAUUAAUGCUUCCCCACACCAGUAGAAGAACGCUUGGUGUGAGAGAGAGGGGUGGGAAAUAUAAAGUUAAAUUAAUUGGAAUUAUUGGGAAAAUGGCAGCUCUAUUCAUAGGGAGCGCAUAAUGUGCUCCAUCUACUGUUCUACAUAAGUUUUCAAUCAACAACCCCAUUCAAAGGCCUUUUUUUGUUGUAGACAAAUGUUUAAGAGGGAAAAUGAUAGACACAUUUUGACAGCUUCUACCAGCAUGGAGCUAAACACCUGAUUUGUCAAAGCAAGAUCUUAUUUUUCUCAUCCACUAAAUGUUGCAACAUCUUGCCAAAGGGAGACAAAAACUUGGCUGCAAUCCAGCCACACCUGACAGCAAAAUAAAAUUUGCAGUCACCUAUGUGUCAGGUCGCACGUCUCUUUGCUAAUUUAAGUGUCAUCUUCAAAUUUAUGCUGUUUAAUAGCUUUAGAGACAUAUCAGCAGAUUAUUUGUGCGUUUGUUCAUACCUACAACCGCACCUACAACAUGUGUUAUUUCUCUGAUUGUAGCCCUGCCCAAUAAGCCUUUAAGCCUUUACUUUGUGUCAGCAUUUCAAAGAGAGGACUAUUGGACAAUAAUUGCAUAACAAAACAUUUCAAUCUUCUUUUUUAUGUGUAAGAUACACCACCUGACUACCAAAAACAUCAGUCAGCUGGAUCACCAUUUGGCUUUGAUUACAGCACACAUUCGCAAAGUCGGAUCACAGAAUAAAGUUUACUCCAUCCCAUCCCAAAGAUUCCCAGUGGGGUUGAAUCUGGACUCUGCUGCGUAGUUAAUGUAUGAAAAUGAUUUCUCAUGCUCCUUGAAUCAUUUUUUCACAAUUUGACCCUGAGAUAUUGUGACAUUAUCAAGAAAAUAAUAUUCACUGAUGAGGAAAUAACUGGAGAUAUUGUAUGCUCGGGUAGGUAGCUAACCCAAUUUUCAAGGGAGCUUAUAAAGUUAUUUAAACUUAGACCUUAGAUCAAUUAAAGCAAGCCCCUUUGCUUUUAAACUCCACAUGGUUAAAUCCAGGCUAUGUAUAUUGAUAUUUACUGCUUUACUGAAAUUCACUUCAAAAGUAUUUUCUGAAAAGUAGAAGGUGAACAUAUGUGUACAUAAACCCAAAAAGAGGGUUGGGUUCACGCAACUUUAUGCAUGUGACCAAACAUGACUGUUACUCUUGGAAAGCCUCUCUUGUGACACUACUCAUGCCCUCAAAGUGCAACACAUGUAGCUGUUGAACGUUUUUUUCUCCUGCAGGCUACCAGUCAGAAAUAUGUCCAAAUUUUGACUAGUAGUGUAUGUGGAACUCUGAUAUUAUGCUUUCUCUGUUAAGGCUAAAGACAUUGUCUACCAAAUAUAUAAAUACAAUCUAUUGUUUGUACUUACCGAAUUAUGCAUUUGCAUUGUUUUCAGUUUAAAGUAAAGAGUAAUCUUGUAAAAAGCUCAACAAGUUUAAAGGUAAUGUCCUGUUGGGGCAGAAACUCUGUUAUUAGCCAAAAUGUGUAUGUAAAAUCUGUUUUUAUUAUUUAGUUUUACUCAAAUAUAACAAUUAAAUUUUAAUUUUAUGUUAAACGCUACUGUUUAUAUAUGCACUUUUCUAUCCAGAUUCAUGCAUUUUUAAGGCAAGGACAUUGACUGGGGUUUGUCCUCAUAUAAUCACGUACAUCACUGAUGUCCUGAUAUCUCAUGAGAAAACAGUUGCAGUAUGUAGCUGUAUAUCAUGCAUCAGCUCUGUUUGCAGAGCUUCUGACAGCAACUAGAAUCGGGAAUUCUGCUGUAUGUUGUGCAGCUAUGCUGAUUUCUGGACUGUGUUUAUUUUGACAUUAAAUGUGUUCUAAAAUGUG